UCAAAAAUAAUCACACAGACAAAUAUUCACUUGAGUAAAAUGUGUGACAACUUGUCUCAGUGUUCUAUUUUCUAUAUUUGCAACCUACUUCCAAGACCCAAGUAAUCAUCGGUACAGUGGAAUAGAUGUAGGCUACACUCGUCCCCUCAAGAGCUCGCGCCCGUUUUCCGUUCACACGCGCGCUCGACAGAGACACGUUCUCUCCUUGUGGCCAAUCCCACCAUCAGCUGUCAGACGGAUUACCUCAAGCCUGGAGUCGCCUAAUGCCUGUUUCGCGAAUGGUGGUGUUUGUGAGAAGCGAGCAAUCUAAUGUGAGGGACAUUUAGUCCUAGUAACCGACAGCACCAGUCAUCUGUAGUUCAGACCGAAGCCUUGAGGAUCCUCAAGCAUGUCGGGAGGCAAACACAGAGGAAACACACAUCGCUGAAGUCGCAGCAGCAGCAGCAGCAGCACCACGCCUUCCGCGAUAUUCCGAGUCUGCAGCUGGUGCUCUGGCGUCGGAUGGAGUAGACAUUGCGGAUCCGAACUCCAGGAUCCAUAAUGCCCGUUAGUCAAGCCUGACACCACCGAGAUGCUGCCGGGCUCUAUUCAGAUAACUGGAGAGGCGCUGUCCGGUGCUGAAAUCAAAGACAUAUGCGACAGCCUGAAGGAGAACAGUGUGCGGCUGCUGUCCGUGCGCGGCUGUCAGCUGUCCGACCGGGACUUCGGCCGUGUAUGUCGCGGCGUGGCAGAGUCGCACUCUCUCGCUCAACUCAACCUGAACCUCGGCGUGGUGUCCACCAUCGGCCGGACCAAGCAUCUGGCAGAUGCUCUGAAGGCCAACAGAUCCAUUCAGACCCUCUUUCUCCACGGAAGUCCACUUUUAGAUGCAGGACUGGUCACCCUGAACGGAGCCCUGUCCACUCACCCCUCACUGGUGUCCUUGGAUUUGGGGGACUGCAUGCUGGGAGAUGAGGCCGUUCGUCUCAUUUGUGGCAUGCUUCCUCCAGAUGGAGCCAAAUCAGGGCUUAAGGAGCUUACACUGAGUGCCAACCCAGCCAUCAGCAGCCAGGGUUGGGCUCGGCUGGCCAUCGCCGUGGCUCACAGCUCACAGUUACGGGUCCUCAACCUGGACUACAAUCCAUUAGGGGAUCACAUCGCUGGGAUGUUGGCUGUCUCUGUCGCAUCCAGUCGAACUCUUGAAGUUCUGGACCUGGAGGGAACCGGCCUCACCAAUCAAUCAGCACAGGUCUUCCUAGACAUGGUGGAGAACUACCCCACCAGCCUGCGUGUCCUGGUUCUAGCCGAGAACGACAUCAGCCCUGAGCUGCAGCAGCAGAUCUCGGAUCUCCUCUCUGAAGGCGAGGAGGAGGAGGAUAAGGACGGAGAGGCGCGCGGCAGCUCGGUGACCCCCCGGGAGAAACCCGCCUGGGUUCCCCACAGCAUAACUGGUUCUAAGAGGCUGGGGCAAAAGGGAAGUACAGAAAUUCACAUUUCUCAAGCAUUACUUAGGAGAGAUCAUUUGCUACUUACGAAAUAGAAAUUUGAAUUUCUUAUAAUGGCCAAGUUGUGAGUUCUCUGUCCUGUAUGUACUAAAGUCUUUAGACUUAGAGGUCGUUAUUAGUAAAGAUACAUUUUAAAGGAAAAGUUCAGCCAAAAAUGAUCAUUCUGUCAUCGCUUAACUUCAUGUCGCUCCAAACCUAUAUGACUUUUUGCGCAAAAGGUGAAUUUUGGAAGCAUAUCCUGACCAGUCCUUUCCAUACAAUGAAAGUUAAUGGGCACUGGAGAUGUCAAGCUCCAAAAUGACAACAAAACACCUUAAAAGUAUCGAACAAGUACUCCAUAUCAGUAUAAUCAAUGAUGUCAAUGGUGUCGAUGCCCCAUUUUAUAGUCCACAAGACUUUUAUAGCCAAUUUCAGAGCUUGGGAGAGAUUAUUUUCAGAAGAAAAGCUGAAAUUUUUGUUCCUCACUGAUUUGGUAUAUAGUACACAAGUUGCAGGACUAUUUUUAUGGUACUUAUGUUUUUUUGUUUGUUUGUUUUGUCAUUUUGGAGCCUAAAAGACCCAGUCCCCUCUCAUUUCCAUUAUUGUACACUACUGUUGAAAAGCUUGGGGCCAGUAAGAUUUUUUGUAAAGAAAUUAAAACAGUUAUUCAGAAAGGACGCAUUAAACUGAUCAAAAGUGACAGUAAAGACUUUUACAGUAAAGAUGCUGUUUUUUUCCCCACUUUCGAUUCAUCAAAGAAUCCUGAAAAAAAAUAAAAGUAUUAACGUAUAAUGGUUUCCACAAAAACAUUAAGCAGCUCAACUGUUUCAACACUAAUAAUGAUAAUAAAUGUUUCUUGAGCAGCAAAUCAUCAUAUUAGAGUGAUUUCUGAAGGAUCACAUGACACUGAAGACUGGAGUAAUGAUGCUGAAAAUUCAGCUUUGAUCACAGGAAUAAAAUAUAGCUGCGAGCAGCAAUUAUCAGGAUUCAGUUGCUUUAAGGCCUUUAAGGACAUGCGUAAAAAUGUAUUAUGUUUUAUUUAGCAAGCAUGUAACCACUUAGAUCAUAGAUGUAAAAGACCAUUUACAGCCAAUUUUCCGUAGGAAAUUUAUGGUCUAUAAAGCUUUUUAACAGUCACCGAGGUUGAGCCAAAAUCCUAGGACUAGUUCACCAAAGUUAGUUUUUGAAAUAAUCUCCAAUAUUUAAUGAAUCAGUGGGCAGUGGUGGACCUAAAGGCAAAGUUGCUCAGAAUGAGGAAUUGUACCAUGUGGCACGAAUGUCAUGGCCGUGCACGAUACAUGAUCCUUUACGCACGUAAAAAACUUGAAGGUGCCUUCCGGUGGCCGAUUUCUUUUGAAUUUCUCACAGACCUCUAGGGCCGUGAAUCAAACAGUUUUGUUCCAAUCGGCCUCCGUUAACCUUGUCUGAUAGCUGCUCAAAAUUCAGUGGCAAAUGGCGGACAUGUUUUUUGAGAUGCGUCAAUGUCCUCAUAGACAGUCAUGGCACUGCGGAUGAAGACACUGCAUGCCAAUUUUCAAGUCGAUCGGACUAACGGUGAAGUAGUUAUAGCCAUUUUCAUUGUUUUUUUCCAUUGCCAUUGUUUUUUUCCUGUUAUAGCUCCACCAAGUGGCCAGUCGCUGCGUCCUUUUUCACGCGACUGCAGAAUGAGCUCUUACAUAGGUGUGCUGAGUUUGGUGAAAAUAUCUCAUUCCGUUCACGAGUUAUAGCCAUUUUAGUAAAAGUGACUCCACCCACUUGGAACGUUUUGGCGGCCCUUAGGGGCUGUGAAUCUGAAUUUCACAAAAGUAGGUUUUUUCAAAUCCAAAAUACCCGAAAAUUUCGCCUGAACGACGAGUGAAUCCGAGACAUGUAUUUUGUCCGUCUUAAGCCAAGGAUUCCAACAAUAAAAGAUACAACGUUUUAGGAUUUCGUACUUUUCACCCCGUCAGGCUGAUCAGGGCGAGCCUUGGUGACAUUGUAGACAGUGUUUGGUCUGCCCGAUCACUUUUAGAGGAGAAUGUUGAUCCUUGGAAAUUUUACUGACCCCAAACUUGGUAGUAUAUAUGAAGAAGAGUGGCCAGGAUGUUCUCCAAAAAUACACCGGACAAAAGAAUGUCAUACAGGUGUGAGGGUAAAUAAAAGAUGAGAGAAUGUGAAUUACUCCUGUAAGGAAGAAUCUUUAGUAGACUAAGAACUGGAAUAGCCUUUUCCUGUCCUCUUCAUACAGUACAAACAUUUACCAAAUUGUCUCUGACCCUUCCAGACUCUUCCAGCUCCCAGAUGGUCCUGAUGACAUCAGGACUGGGUGAGAGCUUUUUGGCAGAGACAGAGAUGUGAUUCUGGAGCUGCCUAUGUUUGCUUGCACUGUACGACUAUUGCAAGACCACCAGUUAGAGUGCAACCUCUCACACCGCAUGACCUGUAGCACUUAGAGCAAGACAGUUCAAAGCUGGAACAAAAACCUUAAACACCAAGUGACUUAUAAUACGCAAUAGUGAAUUAUUUAUUUUACAGAUGUACAGUCUAUUUAUAAAUGAGUAUUUAACCGAUAACAGUAUACUCUGUUAGAUAAGCUGUAUAGGGUUGAUGUGAUGGCCUGUUGCCUGAAUAAAUCAGUUUACACAUUUUUAAAUGCUUUUUGCUCUGAUUUUUUUUUUUCUUUUCUUGCUGUGUCUGACCUGACAGUUCAAAUAUUGUGAUAAGAACUACAUCAAAGAGAUAUACAUGGUUAGUAUUGAAUGGUCAUAUUUUGCAGUGGAAUGGGUUAUGGCAUAUACCAACAGGGGGUAACUGAUAAAACUAACCAGCCAAUCCUUUCAGUUACUGUAAAUUUAAAAUGUAAAAACCCCAAUUACUCUUUAAUAUCAGUUAUAAACUCGCUAUAUAAAAUGCUUGAUUCUAAUAUUCAAUCACAGCAUUCAGAGGUAUAUUUUCUAAUGCAACAUGUUCCGGAAUUAAAAAUCCCAUUCUUUUUCUCCAUAGGGGAAGUGAUUUUGAAGGAUAACAAAGACAGAACUACUGUGAGCUACAAGGUUGUUAAUUAGUGGUAAAUGCUUUUGUUGAAACCAUCAGCCAACAUUAUUUAAAUGUUUAAGAGCAGAUUUUCUGGUGGAAAACUACAUUACCCAUGAUUCUGCAAAGAAAUCUCCAGUAAUCUCCACUGAAACAAACAAACUGUGCCAAAAGAGCUUUUAACCUCCCAAGAAGCACAGCG